AUGGCAUUAAUGAAAUGUGUGCAUGGCGACAUUGAAGUGAGUGGCAACCAACGAAACAUUGUUUGGAUAGGUUUUAUUCCAACGAAUGAGUCUGGAAGUUAUGUUUCAUCACGAACUGCACAAUCAACUGAUAUGACAACACCACGUACAGAAGCCGUAACUCCAGCACGACGUGUUGUUGUUGUACGUAAUACAAAAAAUCCUCAAAGUGUACAAGGAUCUGUAGAUUUAGGCGAACUCGGAAGAUCUAAGUCUGAUGAAAAUCCUCCAGUGAUUACCGACGGUAAUAAAUCAGUUUAUGUGAUUCGGCGACCAAUUGGAUCAGAAUCAUCAUCAAGACCACCACCACCACCACCAGCAGCUGAAUUGUAUCGAACAGUUCCAGAGCCAAUACCUACUACUCAUUUACAACAUGUACGUACACCAACUCCUCCAAAUGAGACUGCUAUUUCAUUUGACCAACCUCGAUCACCAAGUCCAUAUCAUUCACCGUCCAUAAGAUCAAAAGGUUAUAAGCCCAAUACCACGCCACCAAUACAAACUGAAAAGUCGUCAGACUAUGUACCCUAUCUAAGACGGCCGAGAUCAAAAGUGCGAAAGUCAUGUGCACCUCCUGUACAAACAACAAGUUAUAAACGUAGUACAUCACCGACACAAGCUGAACAUUUUUCAGGUUUUGUACCCUAUCUGAGACGAUCAAGAAUUCGAACACCAAGUCCAACCCCUAUACGAACUUCACAAGCUGAAAAUUUUCAAGGCUUCAUACCCUAUCUGAAACGUUCAACAUUAAAAAGUAGAGCACCAAGCGCACAUCAUACAAAUUCAGCACGUCCGCUAACUGUAAAAGAAGACGAAAUUGAUGAUGUAAAUCAUCAACGAAGUUUUACAUAUUAUUCAUUACAGAAUAGAAAUGAAUAUGAUGAAUACAUCAAAUCCUAUGACGAUUGA